AUGCCAACCCGCCUCCCAACGCCCUCCGACUUCCCCCCCUCACUAACACUAACCCUCACCCCACCACCAAAACCCCCAUCACCAUCUCCAAGCACAACCACCAGACCACCUCCAAACAUCCUCCUCCUCCUCCACGGCCUCGGCGACACCCACACACCCUUCACGCGCCUCGCCUCGCAACUCUCCCUCCCUGAGACAACAGUACUCACUAUUCGCGCGCCGAACCCGCUCCCCUUCGACCUGCCAGGCUUCCACUGGGGCGAUGACAUCAACUUCGACUCGCGCACCGGCGCCCUAGACAUGGACGCUGGUUUCGACAAGGUUACGCGGUUGCUGCUGAAGGAUGUCAUCAGCGAUGUCCUUGUAGGGAUAUGCGGGUAUAAGCUCAAUGAGAUUCUGGUGUGGGGGUUCGGGCAGGGCGGGAUGGUGGGUGCUGUGCUUGCGGCUAGUCUGCAUGAGCGGUCUAGGUCUGAAGGAGGGGGAGGAGGGGAGCUAGGAGGGGUAAUUUCGAUUGGGGCUCCGUAUCCGCUCUCGCUUGCGGGGAAGGUCAACAAGGAUGGGAGUGGCAAGGGGAAGAGCCGGACGCCUAUUUUGCUGGUUUACGGACGGGACUCGGAGGCUGUGACGGAGUCUGCGGUGAAACGGACGCAGGAUGUGUUUGCUUUCGUGGAGACGCAUGAGUAUAAGAGGCGCGGGGAUACGAUGCCGCGGAGCCGUGAGGAGAUGACGCCCAUUAUGCGCUUUCUGGGACGGAGGUUGCGCAGUUGGCAGGGUGUUCCGGAGGGGGCCGUUGAGCUUUCCUAA